CCAUGGCCAGCACGUUAAGCCCCAGCACCACGACUGGGAACGCAGAGACACCUGCGAUGUCAGAGCGCAUCCGAAACCCUGCUGACAUCUCCGUCAUUGUCAUCUAUUUCCUAGUGGUGAUGGCUGUAGGGCUGUGGGCGAUGCUGAGGACCAACCGGAACACUAUUGGAGGCUUCUUCCUGGCUGGGCGAGAUAUGGUCUGGUGGCCGAUGGGCGCCUCUCUCUUCGCCAGUAACAUCGGCAGUGGCCACUUUGUGGGGCUGGCUGGGACGGGAGCGGCUUCAGGAAUCGCCACUGCAGCAUUUGAAUGGAAUGCCUCGCUGCUGUUACUUGUUCUAGCGUGGUUCUUUGUUCCCAUAUACAUCAAGGCAGAGGUCAUGACCAUGCCAGAAUAUCUGAAGAAGCGGUUUGGUGGGAAGCGCCUCCAGAUCUACCUCUCUGUCCUCUCCCUCUUCAUCUUUGUGGUUUUGAGAAUCACAUCAGACAUAUUUUCUGGAGCCAUAUUCAUCAAGCUGGCCUUGGGAUUGGACCUUUAUCUGGCCAUCUUCAUCCUCUUGGCUGUCACUGCUAUUUACACAAUCACUGGGGGCUUGGCCUCAGUUAUUUACACAGACACCCUCCAGACCUUCGUCAUGCUGAUAGGUUCUUUUAUUCUCAUGGGGUUUGCAUUUGCCGAAGUUGGAGGCUACGAGAGCUUUACAGAGAAGUACAUGAAUGCCAUCCCAACCGUAGUCGAGGGGGACAACCUGACAAUCAGUCCCUCAUGCUACACUCCUCAAGCAGACUCUUUCCACAUUUUCCGGGAUGCUGUCACUGGGGAUAUUCCAUGGCCAGGAACGGUAUUUGGAAUGACCAUAGUAGCUGCAUGGUACUGGUGCUCAGAUCAGAUUAUUGUACAACGUUGCCUAUCGGGCAAGAACAUGUCUCAUGUGAAGGCUGCUUGCAUCAUGUGUGGUUACCUGAAGCUGCUGCCCAUGUUCCUCAUGGUGAUGCCAGGGAUGAUCAGCCGCAUCCUGUACACAGGCAAGUCCUGA